AAUUUUGUUACAGAUGUGAGUUAAAAUGAGUAUGAUAGAGGUAGAUCCGAAACUAUUCAUCACCUGUCGACUUUGUCUGGAUGAAAUGGGGCAGUACCAAAUAGUGCCUCAGGUACAGGUGCAGAUCAAAUACUGCUUUGACAUUGAAGUGCAGCCUUUCGACGGUCUCCCGCAACUUAUUUGUAAGAAAUGUGAAUCCAUUUUGAGUCAAUAUGCAGAAAUAAAAAAAAAUUUUCAAGAAAAACAAUGCGGUCUAAAAUCAAACAUAAAAGGAAUUAAUAAACCUAUUGCACCCAGUAUAAACCAACAGCAAGAUACUGUUAGUUCUACUCAGCAAGUUGAUAGUGAUAGUAAUAAUCAUAUCAGUAAAACAAAACAGAAAGACAACCAGAUAAUCGUAUCCACUAGCCAGAAUUCAUCUUUAGACAGAGAACCUGCUAAAGAUAAUAGGAACUUGUUUGGUGUAAAAAAAAAUGUAGGUAACAAAUCCAAGUCAGUUUGGAAGAACGAUUAUGAAAAAAAUUUUGUAUGUAGACUUUGCGCCAAAUCUUUAAAAAAUAAAAGGAGUAUUGUACAUCAUCUACAGCAGUGCCACUUAUUAAGAAACUACUCAAAUGUCCUUCGAAGGUGUAUUAUUAAAAUGAAUAAAAUUGAUUCAAUACCCAAUUUGACAUUUUCAAAUGAAAAUGUUGUAUACGGCAAAGAUAAGAUAAUUAAUUGUCAACUCAAAAAUUAUUACAUCCUAUAUACGCGUAAAUUAAAUGAGAUAAAAAGUGUAUCUUCGGAAUCAUCCGAUGAAGACUUUUCUAUACCUCGCAAGAAACGUAAAAGACUUCGACUGUUUUCAAAAAGUUCAAAUGAAACGCUGGUUAUUGAUAAUAAUAGCACUUCCCCGAGUCUCAUACAAUCACAUAGGAAAGAAGAGAAACAAAAUUACACAAAGAGUAAUGAAAAAGAAUUAACAGAUGUAAGCGAAGUUGAACUCAUUAACGUUGAUGAUUCAGAUAGUGCAUCAACAGCGAGCCAAACCACUUUGAAUAAAACAGAAACUAUCGAAAAUGUAAUUCCUCAAAAAUCUACUAUUGAAAACGAUAAGGUUAUACAGAAUAUAAUAUCAAUGUGCUACAACAAAUAUUUAAAGAGGUUAGAUAUGAGUAGCAAGGAUUCGAAGGACACAGGAAAUGGCGAAUCUGUCUUGCAACGUAAAAUUUUAAGUAUGGGACGAAAAGUAAUCCACAAAAAGGGUCUAAAUUCAACUGGACUUAUAAGAUACAUGGUACAAAAAGAUCUUGAUGUUGAUUGUAUAAUAAAAUGUCAAGCGAAUGUUACUAUAAAAACAACAUUAAAAGAUAAACAAAAUAACGAAAAUAGUACUCAUCAUACUUGGAAAUGUUUAAAAGAUGUUGAUAAUACUUACACGGCAAUUGACUUUGUAGAUCUUUUUGACAAAAUAGUUAAGAGUCGAAAUGUAGAAGAACAAAGUUCACAGCCAGAAUAUAUUAGAGAAGAUGACAAUGAUGUAACACUUGAUAUAAAUGAAGGUGUACAUUUAAAUAAACAGUCAAAUUACGAUAAUAGUGCCAAAUUAACCGACAGUUCUUUGCCUUUAGUUGUACCAUUCGAUAACAAUGUAUAUGAGAGAAAAGUAGAAAAUUCUGUCUUAUUCAUACGCACUACUCAGGAAACCGAAAAAAACACUUUUUUGAAAAAACUCUUGAAUGAAAACCCUGUUGCUAAUCCAAAGCAAUUACCAAAGAAGGCUACUCCGGUGGAAUUGUUUACAUUGCUCACAAACUCUAGUUCUCCAUCACAUACUGAAUCUAGGCUUGAAGUGUCUAACUUUGAAAAUAAUAUGAGUGGAAGUCUUCACAUGCCAAUUAUAACUUCAACAGUUUCACUAGCUAAUACAUUAAACGAAGAUAAAGAAAGCAAUAAUGAAACUGCUAACAAACCUGAUUCAGAAGCUACUCAAUCGCAAUUACCGCGAAUAAAAGUUAAGUCUGUAGCUGAUCUUAUGCCGCAAAAUGCCGUUCCAAAAAGUCUUAUUGUUCCAUCAACAGCUUGGGCCACUCGUUAUAGCUGUAACGACAAUCAAAAUAAGUUUGUACAGAAAAAAAAUACUCCUAGGAUGUUUGUGACAAAUGAUGAAACAAGUUACACGAAUGUAAACUCUCACUCCGUUAAUACAGGCAGUUAUUCACAAUAUAAUAUAAAUCAAAACACUAAUACAAGCGCGUUAGUUCCAACAAAUUCAAAUGUAUCAUCAGGGAACACACAGAAUAAAGAGCAAUAUGUCAUAUUGCAUACAGUUGAAAUACCUCAUACCAAAACAAAGUCACCAUUUCGGUAUCUUCAACAGUUGUUACAAAUCCAUAACAUUGUUUUAUUAGAUAGUAUUGAUAUUGUUUCAGUUAGUAUGUCGUGUCUUAUUAAAUUCAAAUUAGUUUUCCAUCAAGAAUCUAGUGUUGCCGUUACACUGUGUUUAUCUUUCUAUUGUAAACAGAAUACAUUCUGCAUUAGAGUAAUGGAUGUUAAUUCAAAACACAUAGACAUUGCUAAGCUAUCCGCAUAUUGGCAGUGGGAAAUACUUAAGGAAUUUAAAGGAAAUGUUGUUCCUAAGCUUUAUGAAAAUGCCAGUAAGAUUAGUCGAGAUAUAUUCCAACAUACUUAUCAUUUUGUAAGAUUUCUCAGUUCUAUUGAAUUUUCAAAAUGUACUGUCUGAUUUUAAUAAUUUU